AUGAUGCCCUCGAAGAGCCCCGUGGCGCCGGGGGCGUCCCUGACGAGCCCGAAGUCCGGCGCCACCAAGCGGCAGCGGAAGGCGGCGGCUGCAGCGGCGCCGCUGGGCGACGUCACCAACCUCCUCGUCGUCUCUGAGACCCCGACCCCGUCCCCGUCCCCGAGCAAGCCCAGGAGGACCGCCCGCCGGUCCCUCCCCGCGCUCUCCGACGUCUCCGCGGUCUCCUCCGCCUGCUCCUCCUCAGCAUCGGUCACGCCCGCGCCCAAGCCUUCCUCCGCCGCCUCGGCCACGCCCGCGCCCAAGUCUUCCUCCGCCGCCUUCGUCACGCCCGCGCGCAAGCCUUCCUCCGCCGCCUCGGUUACGCCCGCGCGCAAGCCUUCCUCCCCCGCCUUCGUCACGCCCACUCCCAAGCCUUCCUCCGCUGCCGUCAUCGAGGCGGAGCGCAGUGUGCUCAAAUCGCCGGCCAUCUCCACAGUUUACCGCAGGACCACCGAGGCUCAGGGGAGGUGGAGGAGGAACCCCGCCGCCGCCAACAGCAAGGGCAAGGGACCCGUCGCCGCAACGGCGAGUUGCCCCCCUCUUGGGAAAUCUGCAAGGACCCAUAGCAGGAAAAAGGAUACUCGGCCCAUCUCUGCAUCAGCUCCUUGCCAUGAAGGUAAAAAGGUCUCUAAUUGCUUGCCAUUUCUGAAACAGAAGCGGUCCAUUGCAAGCACACCCAACUUACUAGAGGACCUUUUGGAGAAGCAGAGAGCAUACUUUGCAGAUAUUGACGCAUUUGAGCUGCUCCACGGCAACAGUGCCCAGAAACACAUCGUUGUUGUUGUUGAUGACGGUAACACCAACACCAACAACAAACUGACAAUUGAAAAUACCAUAGAUACCUUUAGAGAGGCCGAUCGGGGGGCAGAGCCGCAGAGGAGAAGCAGAGCAGCCAUGCCUCCGUCCAUGGAAGCCAUCCCCAUCCAUGCGGAUGCGGAGAAGAAGGAGACCACUCCCCUCGUCGGAGUCGCGCAAGCAGCGCCGUCGGCCGCCGAUGAUGCGUCCACCCGCCGAAAAGAGUACCUGAAGAGUUUGGAGGGCAUCAUUCUAGUCCUGCCCAAGCCGUUCCCGUGGUGGCGGCGGCUCCCAUUCCUCUGCCCUGACCGCAGCUGCGUCGCCGUCGGCCAACCGCUGCUCCCGGACCUGCUCGAGACGCUCCGCGAGCCACAUCACCCGACUAGCUCUGGAUCGCCAGGUCGCGGCGGAUUGCCUGGACGUCUACAACGCCUCGCACCCUGA